UUGGGGUAUUUUUCUCAUCAAAUCCAAAAAUGAGGAAAACAAUCUUAUAUCACUUCUUCCCGUCCAAAGCAGAAGAGGAGGAACACCAGAGGGCAGGCAGCAGUGAUCCCCACGCCAUCCGGUGGGAGGUGGUGGAAACAAAAGCUGACCCACCUCACCUCCUCCAUAUUUUUCCAUGGGAGAUCAAGAAGGUUCUCACUGCCAACGACGUUGGCCAUUUCGGGAGCCUUGAAUUGAGCCCUGAACAAGUUCACAAUCACAUUUUCAAGUACUGGGAUGCGACGACGGUGGCGAAGGUGAUUGUAGAUGGCGAGCAGGUUCCGAUUGUGGUGUGUGAUUGGGACACUAGGACUGACCACAAGUUGAUUCUCAGGAAGUGGUCAAGUGAUGAAAACUACUCCAUUUAUGCUUGCUGGAUCAAGGAGUUUGUGGCUCGGCGCGGACUCAAGGUUGGUAUGCUGAUCGGAAUGUACUGGGAUAUCGGAUCGUCGGCGCUCCGAUUCUCCGUUUUGAACAAGGUUGAAGAUUGAUGAUCCUCACAAUGUUAACCUAGCAAGGCUAUUGCUUUAGGAUCUCUAGAUUGUCAU